CGGUGGUAUGUCUGAUUGGAAUGAAUGGUCAACUUGCUCCCAUUCCUGUGGAAAUGGAACCCAGACACGAAGUCGAACCUGUACAAAUCCCACACCCUUGUAUGGCGGUGCCAACUGCACGGAAGAUAGUAGCGAGGACCAGCUAUGUUUACUUGUUAACUGCCCAAUCAAUGGUAUCUGGUCGGAUUGGGCUGCAUGGGGCGCGUGUGACGUCACCUGUGGAAACGGAACAAUGACAAGAAGUCGAUCAUGUGACAAUCCUCAGCCCGACUUUGGAGGAGAGGACUGCGUCGGAAAUGAAACUGACGUAACAGAAUGCCCAGACAAGUGUUGUCCAGUGGACGGAAACUGGGCAUUAUGGUAUCCGUGGUCGGCAUGCCAAGGCGAUUGCUCUAAUGGAACUCGGUCCAGAUUUCGGAACUGCGACAAUCCCCGUCAAGCUUGUGGAGGCAAUCACUGUAUUGGUGUAUACAGACAAACUGACGACACUUGUCUUCCUAUUGAUUGUACGACAAGUAAGAAAAGCUUUUUAUUUAGCUUACUCCAGCAGGAAGUGCUUCGUGAAUAA